GCACAUUACUAAGCUGAUGCUUUAAACAAACUUUUGUACCGUAAGAACAACUGCUUCCCUCUCAACCGUGGAACUUGAGAAAGGGCUUACAGGGCUCCUAGUUUGAUCACCUGAAGCCAAGGUCCUACCAACCGGCACCAUGUCCAGCAAACGCGCCAAGGGGAAGACCACCAAGAAGAGGCCACAGAGGGCCACUUCUAACGUCUUCGCCAUGUUUGACCAGUCCCAGAUCCAGGAGUUCAAGGAGGCCUUCAACAUGAUUGACCAGAACCGCGAUGGCUUCAUCGACAAGGAGGAUCUGCACGACAUGCUGGCCUCCCUGGGUAAGAACCCAUCCGAUGAGUACUUGGAGGGUAUGAUGGCCGAGGCUCCUGGUCCCAUUAACUUCACAAUGUUCCUCACCAUGUUUGGAGAGCGCCUCAAUGGCACCGACCCCGAGGACGUCAUCAGAAACGCGUUUGCCUGCUUCGAUGAGGAAGGAUCUGGUGUCCUCCACGAAGACCACUUGCGGGAACUGCUGACCACCAUGGGAGACCGCUUCACGGACGAGGAAGUGGACGAGCUCUUCAGGGAGGCACCCAUCGACAAGAAGGGCAACUUCAACUACGCCGAGUUCACCCGCAUCCUGAAGCACGGAGCCAAGGACAAGGAUGACGAAUAACCGCCCACUCUCAUGGCCCACCACUGCAAUCAUACAGUGCAUCACUGACCAGAUGGCUCACCCCCUCCCUUUCAUAUAACAUAUCGCACUUGUAAUUGGCAAGACAUCGAUUUUAUAAACGCAUAGGCGCCUGAUCCGUUCAGGCUCAGACACAGCCAUAUAUAUCCUUGAAACAUUCCGGACAUGUUUAUCAUGUACAAUAAAAAGCAUGAAAAUGUGUUUUAAGAAUUACAUUUCAUAUGGGUUCUGGAGUCCUAUGAGCUAAUCCAUUGCAAAAUGUGUCAGGAUAGUUGUUGUUGUGCGUCAGGAUCUGUUACAAGACAAAAGUCUCAGCAUCUGUUGAAAUGAAGAGUGAAUUAUAUGUAGGAACUAUGAGACAACAGAAGCGAUUCCAAAUGAUCUAGCUGAGCUGAAGGCAUCUUCAGUACCCAUACCUCAGUGGAAAUUCUUUAUAUUUGUAUUGAUAAGAGUUAUUUUGAAGGAAGUUGCAGUUGGCUAAAUAGUCAUUUAUUGAGUGUUGUUGAGCAAGUUGUAUACCUGAUAAAAAAUGGCCAAUGUCAGAAAUGCUGUCUUCUGGAACGUUUUAAAUGUUUUUCAUUUUUGUGAACACGGAUGACAUUCCUUUCCCCAUGUUUUAAUUGUUUCAAUGAGCAAUAUCCAGAGCAGCUUUAACAUGAAUACUUAAUUUUGAAAAAGAAAGGAUCCAACACAAGAUUGUGUUGUGGUUUUCUCUAAAUAAAGCCAGCAUUAAAAACAAACAUUGAAUUAGA